UACAAUGUAUGUGUUUCUGCCCUGAAUAAGGCUCCCUUGGAAACUUUUUAUAUCCGUUUUUAAAUAUACCUUUAGAACCACUUUUACUAAUUGCUGUUGGAACUUCACAGCGAUAAUUCUCUUAUUUUUCGACUUAGUUUUUAAUAUUACACUACUCCACAUUUCUGAAACUGAAGAAGCUACAGCCUCGGUGCUAUGCAGGGAGGAUACACAAGAGCAGAAUAUCCAUGGCACGUCUUUCUGGAGCCUCAAUUUUACUGUAAGAUUUGGAAGAAACAAAUGCAUCAGAAGCGAUCCCAGUACCUUCGCACAGCCAGCCUCUCCUCAAAAGACUCUCCAGAGAAAAGGGCCACCCGGACCAUCCUGCUGCUGGUGAGUUUCUUUGUGGUCAUGCACUGGGCGGACUUGAGCAUCUCAUCCUCUUCAAGCUUUUUAAGGGCAUAUGACCCAGUUGUCCUGGGUGUGCAGAGGCUUGUGCGCAAUGUCUAUGCCUCUGUCAGUCCUUUGGUGCUCCUCACCUCUAAUAAAAGGAUAAUCAACAUACUGCAAAAUAUGCAGCAGCAGUGGCAUAGAUUUUUAACAAAUUAAUAAUUAAAAUAAUCUUCUCAAAAA